AUGGCUCUGAAUGGUACAAGGAUUCCUCCACUGAGUGCCAGAGUUGGGCAAGCCUGCUACUCAUGUUUUGCCGAGCCAUCGGUAGAGAUAAACCUAUCUCGUUGCUCCAAGUGUCGCAGCGUCUCUUAUUGUAGUCCAGAAUGCCAACAGGCUCAUUGGAUCAGCCACAAAGCGUUUUGCAAAACGCUUUAUGCAAUCGAGCACGAUUCUGCCUCUAAAGCCGUACUUGUUACCAGUCUGUCCGUGACCCCCUCUUUAGACUGCUUUCAAAAAGCAAUUCAUCUCAUCAACCUUGCCGAGCGCUCGCUGAAUAGGCCACUGAAUGCAAUUGAGAGGAAUCUUAUUGCCUACGAACCGAAAUGCCUAUCAUGCUCUCGCUCGAACCGGAUUCUAAGAAUGGAGAAAUCGGAUCCGCAAGCAAGUCUACAGUCAUGCCCGCAGUGUCGUCUUGCCUUCUACUGCUCGGAUGAACAUUGGGGUCCCGUCGCUUUUAACCACAUGUCUGCGCCAUGCGAAGAUGGCUAUGGAGGGCUUAGUCAAUGCGAACUGAACCAGAACUUGAAAGUCGAUGCUAGGUUUGCACGCAUAAUGGGUUCUGCCUCUGGCCCGGUCAGGAUCUUUCAAUGGGCUCCGGAGCGACUCAGAACUCGCUGGGACCCGCUUCCAGAAGAGGGUGAUUGGGAUAAAGAGUAUGGCGAUGAACUGAGAAGCAUGGCCGGUGGCGGAGGACCCCCAUUAGGUCCAUUCCUUCGUGGCUCUUCCGAGGGUCUUUCUUUCCCAUUAACAAUCUUAUAUGCUCUACAAAAUCUGAACAAUGAUGAUGUCUGGACCCAGCGGAAGUCUUUGACUAUUCAUGUAAGCGCUUCUCUGGACAAGGAAUUCUCAUAUAGCUCAGUGUUUGAGGAGAUCCUACAUCGCCUGCCGAAAGUACAAUCUCUAACUUUACUACUAUGUGGUCCUGAUCUGAAGGGUAUGACUGGUUCUACUGGAAAAGCCAUUGACAUGGACACUUGCCCAAACUGCGUGCUCAAAGGUCAUAAACGAAUUCACCAUUUUGAAGCCAAAACGUAUCAUGAAUACACCCGAGGUCUCGGGGACAAAUUUGUUAAACCUGACCUUGCGAUCGCAUUUAACUCUGGCCUGUCUCAAGAGGCCGUAGCAUCUUGGACGGAGACCAUACAAUUCCUUAUUGCUGAAAGGAUCCCGACUGCCUUCACAUCUUAUAAUCGUGAUGAAGCAGAAGCCGAAGCGAACAUCCUUCGUAAUUCAGGAGCUAAUCUAGUCCUUGGUCCGAAGAGGAACCCUUGGGGAAGUCAAAUGCUGAUACCUGAACCCAAUGAGGUCACUGGUUUCUUUGCUUCAAACAGCUGGGUUUGUGGUGGAUUCCAAUGA